ACUUUUCUCAAAGACAAUCAUUUUCAAUCUACUUCCAUUUCAUACCAAGACAAAGGCCAUAAACCCUUGCCCUAAGAAUCCACAGCUUCCGCUUGCAAUUCAAGCUAUGGCAAAUAGGCACACAAUAGUUUUGAUGCAGACCUCUCAAAAUAGAGCUACCAGAACUUUCAUGGAUUAUGACUCCAUAAGUCAAGCUAUGGAUGGUAUUUGUGCACUAUACGAAAGGAAGCUCAAGGACCUAAAUCCAGCCAACAGAAACAUCACUUAUGAUAUUGGGGAUCUCUACAAUUUCAUUGAUGGCCUUGCAGACAUGAGCGCAUUGGUUUAUGAGCACUCAAUUCAGGCCUACCUUCCAAAUGACAGACAGUGGAUCAAACAGCGGCUGCUUCAACAUCUUAAGAGAUUGGCACACUAAAAUGAUAGCUAGUAUUCAAGUUUUCUGCGAGUUGAAUCCAAUAGAAAUGCGAAAUAUAUUAAAGUGCGAUUUAGUGUAUUGCGUAGGCUUUGUUCUAAAUCCCAUGUUGUUUGAUUUGGAAAUUUUAUAACUGCUCUGUUCAUCUCACUAUCUUUCCAACAUGCAUGUAUAAUCAUAACAAUUGAAGCUCUGCUCAGGUUGCUGAUGAAAGGCCACUUUUGUUGUUUGGUCAGUGUAUUUUUAUGUCAAGAUCUUUUAGUACACUUGGUAAAACUUCAAAUUUGUCUCUUGCCCAAAUAAUUAAUUUUGAGAAAUUGUC